AUGGCGCUACGAGAGACGGAGGACAUCGAUAAACCAAAAACGAACAAGCGCAGCUACAGGUUUGUGAAGCUGCCGAACCACCUGUCUGUUUGGCUAGUCAGCGACCCGGCGGCAGACCUGGCCUCUGCCGCUCUGGACAUCAAUGUAGGCUCUUACUUCGAUCCCCCGCCCGUCGAAGGCUUGGCGCAUUUCUGCGAGCACAUGCUAUUCCUCGGAACGGAGAAGUUUCCGGAUGAAACGGAAUAUUCCAACUUCAUCAAGCAGCACGGAGGCUGCACCAACGCGUACACUGAGCACACGCACACGAACUACCACUUUUCGUUUUUCAUUGCGCCACUUUCCACCGAAAUUGCGGCGGAGAGGGAACUAAAUGCCGUCGACAGCAAGUUUCGACUUCGACUCGUGAACGACUUCAUUCGCCGCUGGCAGCUGCUCCACAAACUGGCAAAUCCUGACCACCCCUUCAAUCGGUUCUCGUGCGGGAACCAGGUGUCUCUACAGGAGGUUCCGAAGGCACUCGGAGCCGACGUUCGGCACGAGUUGCUGGCUUUCCACAAAACGUGGUACAGUGCGAACAUCAUGACGCUUGUUGGCCUCGGAACAGAUUCUCUGGAUUGUCUCCAGGGCAUGGUAGAGAAGUACUUCGGAACGAUCAAAGACAAGCAAGUGCCUGUGCGUCCCUCCAGGGCCAUUGUGGACCCGAGCGUCCCCGUGUUUCGGCGUCACGAAGACCUGCAACAAGUUGUCUACAUUGUGCCGAUCAAAGAUCAGAGGGAAAUCCACUUCGAGUUUGUUCUGCCCCCGCAAAUAGACGCCUGGAGAACCAAGCAUAGCCGCAUCUUCUAUAUUUCCAUCGAACUUACGGAACAAGGCGCCUCUGAUGCCGGGCUGCAAAGAGUCGAGGAUCUGGUCUUCCUUUACCUGAGCUUGCUUCGUACGUCGCGUGUCCAGGAGUGGGUUUUCGAGGAAUCUCGGUGGUUGGCGGAAAUGGGAUUUCGUUUUGCAGACACCGAGAAUCCGUUGCCAUUCUGUGUGGUGCACGCGAAACAUCUUCACCGCUAUCCUCCUGAGUGA